UACUUCUGAGAGUUGACUUGAACAGGUGAGACGUCACGUGACCACCCGUACACAGAAGUCGUUCAAGCAGUUGAACCGAGUCAUGCCUUGGGAGUUAUUAUUUUUAUUUAACUAUAAUUCCUAAUGUUUUAUCCACUGGGGCUGGGUGAUACGAUAUAAUCCUAGGGCCAUAGCGUGUGCCUUGCGUUUGAACACUCGGAAUAAGAAGGAAAGAGAACGAUUUUACCCUACAAAAUGACUUCGAACCAGUUGGCUUUCAUUCUGACAUGUACUUUAUGGAACAGGAUAUUGGUGUGUGCUGGAGAAUCCCUGUGCACCCAAGCCCCAGAGUUUCAGUUGCCCAGUGGGGAGUCUGAGGUGUGGGAGACCCUGGGUUCCUUUGUGGCUCUGAACUGUACAGCCGUGAUGUCCUGGAACCAGACGGACCAAGGGUGUGACGCUACCUCCCGGACUCUGCUCUGGAGCAAAGAUGGGACCCCUCUCAACCUCAGCCUUUACCCACAGAACACAUCCACCUGGACUCCCAGCCAAUCCCAAAUGAUUGUGAGCAGUGUGCUGCAGGUCCAGGUUAGAGAGCAGGCUGACUUUGGCCUCUACUCCUGUGAGGCGAGGAACACCUCUGCUGACUUCAGCCUGCAGAAUACCGCCCAGCCCAGCCACACAGCAUCAGUGAUAGCAGCCAUCAGUCUCUUCCUGAUCCUGACUAUAGCUGCUGUUGUCUACUCCAGGUGUCGUCUCAAUAUCAAACUCUGGUACAGGAACUCCUAUGGAGACUAUGAGAUCAAUGAUGGGAAGCUGCAUGAUGCCUACUUCUCCUAUGUCAACAAUGAACACGACAGAAAGUUGGUCAACUUCAUCCUCAAACCUCACCUGGUGAACAAAUCUGGACAUAAGCUACACCUCAGUGAUAACAACAUCCUACCUGGGGGUGAGCCGUCUGCUGAGUUCCUGAUGAACGUUAGUCACUGUCGGCGGCUCAUUGUAGUGAUGUCACACGCCUACCUAGAACAGGACUGGUGCUGUAACAACUUUAGACAGGGCCUUCUGCACCUGCUGGAGCUGUCCCAGAGGCCCAUCAUCAUCAUCACAUUGGAGGGUCAGGUCAAACUCAUGAGACCCGAUGUGGUCCAGCAAAUCAGAGAACAGCAACACAAACUCACCUUGCUCACCUGGUCGGGAUCACACUCCAUGCCGCCUUCGUCAGUGUUCUGGAAGGAGUUGGCCCUGGCCAUGCCUCAUAGGGUUGUGUUCCACAGCGACACGGCAGGGGACCCCCAGACCCUCUUCCAAGACGAUGAGGACCCCAUGCUCACCCUCAACCCAGACUACCUGGACUGUCGCCCUGACCCUGACCCUGUUGGAGACCUGGGCAUUCGUCUCCCAGUCUACAAGGCACUGGCAUCCAGAGCCCCUGUGCUGCCUAUGUUCCCCUCGGUCCCUGCAUCCCUGACUGAGCCCAAACUCUCGGAUAUAGAUGUAUCGGACCUGGGAUCGCGCAACUACGGAGCUCGCAAUGACUUCUACUGCCUGGUUACAGAGGACAACAUCUAAGACUGUAUAGCUUCUGAAGAAAAAAACAGAGAACAAGAUCUCCGACUUCUACUCUUCACUCUUCACUUCAGUCUGAAUGUAAAACAGGUUCUCUCACCAACACUAUCUACAACUUCCGGGUGUAUGUUUCAAAAGGAUAGAGGAGAGCAGGUGUUCUAAUGUUUUGUACACUCAGUGUAUAUGUGAAAGGUUUAAAAUAUGGACAAAUCUCAAUAAACUGAUCAAAUCAAACUUGUUCCAAGAUCAAAAUUAUUCACUUAAAUUUUUUUUUUUAUGUAACACUUGCUUGAAUUAAAAAUAUAUAUUUUUUUAAGUGAAUAAUUUUUUAAAACAUUAGGAACACCUGCUCUCUCUAUCCACGACAUAGACUGACCAGGUGAGUCCAGGUGAAAGCUAUGAUCCCUUAUUGAUGUCACUUGUUCAAUCCACUUCCAGCAGUGUAGAUAAAGGGAGACAGGUUAAAUAAGGAUUUUUAAGCCUUGAGACAAUUGAUUCAUGGAUUGUGUGUGUGCCAUUCAGAGGGUGAAUGGGCAAGAUAAAAUAUUGAUGUGCCUUUGAACAGAAGUUUGGUAGUAGAUGCCAGGUGUACCGGUUUGUGUCAAGAACUGCAAUACUGCUGGGUUUUCACACUCAACAAUUUCCUGUGCGUAUCAAGAAUGGCCCACCAUCGAAAAGGCAUCCAGCCAAUUUGACACAACUGUGGCAAGCAUUGAGUCAAGCAUUGGGAUCGACAUGGGCCAGCAUCCCUGUGGAACGCUUUCGACACCUUGUAGAAUCCAUGCCCCUACGAAAUGAGACUGUUCUAAGAGGGGCGGGGGGGGGAAGGGGUGCAACUCAAUAUCAAGGAGAUAAAAUUUGAUUCCAAUGAUCAUUUCACUGAAAUGUUUUGAAUGACCUUGGUAGUUACACUACAUGUUAUUAUAUGCAAUUUGUAUAAGAUACCUGUUAUGUGAAAAAUAGAAGAAGUGGUUGAGUGGUCUACUGCAGUAGUCUGGGAUUUUGUUUUACGUUAAAGUGGAAAUGCAUUCAUUCUAAUUUCGUAAUGUUUGUUUAGAAUUAUGUUCAAUAGAAAUAUUUAUCGAUCAAAGCUACCCUUUCUGUAGUUUAGGGCAGUUUACUAGUCCAGCCCUUCUUCAUAGGUAACUCAUCUUGGACGAGCCUUGGCUUGUACGAACCAAUCUCAUGUUUCUUUUUUGACAUAAUUUUCCUCAGAGGAAAUAAAGUCAGACAUUUUAAAGUGGAAAUUCCAAACUUUAGAAGCAUUUUUAAAACCUUGAACACACUACAAGUUUGCAUUUUCUUCUUGGUGUACAAGUAUACCUCCUGGACUGGACGCUAAUUCUAUUGCCCAGUGUUACCCCGAAUCAGUCUCAUAAAUGCUGAAUGCCAAGCAGUGACUCGGCCGGAAGAAUAAACUCCCAGUGUUCCAAUCUCAGGACACCCGAACCACAUGACCACUGAUUUGUUCUCUCUAUAUUGAACUAUUUAGUGUUUUCUUCAGAUAUUACUUUCCCUCACCAGCAGAGGGCAGAGUUGAGGCGACUUGGUG